AUGGCAGCUGUUCGGGCGGCAGCCAUGGCGCAGCGUCCGGAGGGUUCGGCAGAGGAGGGGGAGGAGCAUCGGCUGCGGGCGGCGCUGCGCCACCUGCAGGCGGAGGCUGGAGUGCUCGAGCGCCUGGUCUACAAGCAUCGGAACCAGCACCAUGCCGCCUACUUCCAGUACCUCCUCAAGGUACGCCUACCACUACUACCUGCUCCCCGGGCUGACAUGGCUAGGACCAUGAACGCGGUGUUCCCAGUCAUUACCUGUCGUAAGCCAGCCAACACUAUUCUUGUUCCGAACAGGCAGGGUAAGAGGAAGCCUGGUGCAAACCAUAGCCACUAUAAGAGGCUUUUGGGGAUUGCCCGUUUGCUGUCCAGGUGUAUGGCUGAACCUGUUAUGAAGGGAGCAGUUCAGAUCAGCUUUUUACUUGCUAGAUCUUUUUUCGUAGAACUUUGCACUGCAGUGCUUGCUUUGCUUGCACGAGUGAGGGUCCUGACUCAACAGAUGUUACUUGAUGUUGUAUCAGUAUACAACAAGGUUACUGAUCUCACGGAUAAAAAGCAGGCUGUUAAGAUCAGUAUUGAUAAAGUGCAGGCUUUCAGAGAGUACUACCCCUCGAGCAACGAUCCAAGUACUAUACUGGAGUGUGUAUGGGUGAAAGACAAAUUUGUUUUGCAUGAAAAGACAAAAGCUAGCAGUCAGAAAACCCAAGACGAGGAUCUGAAGUCAUGCACUCUGGAUUCAUCAAUCCAGUAUGAGACCCUUGGACUUGUUAGCGAAGAGAUGGAAAGCCUUGAUGGAGCAAACACCCCAGCCAAGCAACAACAUGACGCUUCUCUGGCUGACCAACCAGAUAAAGCCACCCAUUGCGGCGAUGCUGGAGAUUCUCACAGCGGGAGGCAACUACCAGAUGAUCAAAACACUCCGGGUUCUCUUCUUGGCACGCCCGCUGCUGCGCCGACUCCACACAGAGAUGUCAAGCCUGAUACGAGGAAGAGAGUGGCAUUCAUCGCGGUGGGGACACCGCCUGAAACAUCAUCAUCCGUAGUUGCCAAGAAGCAAAGGGUGGACACGAUUCCACAGAGACCGCUGCAGAUCCUGCUUUGUAACUCUGAAAGAAUAACCGGGUCGGCCUGA